UAGGACAAAAGAACCUCAUUGUGUGUGAAUAUGACUUUGUCCCUGAAGGGUUACACACAAAUAUCAGAUUAUAAAAAAACAAAACUAUAUAUGUCCAAUGUUUUUGAGAUACUAAUUUGCAAGGGAAUAAGAUACUAGGCAUAUUUGCAUUUUUAUUCACCCUGUUGUCUCUAAUCUGUGUUGAAUCAUUUCCUUGUGUCUUCCUGCAACGCUCGGGUGCACAUAAUAUUGUACUUCUAUAAAAUCAGAGAAACUUGCUUCUAGAAAAUGCCGACAAGACUACAAAUAUAUUGGGCAGCCGUCCUUAUAAUAGCAUGGCCAUGUGGAUUCAUCUUAAACUCAUCCAUUGUAGCCGUGUAUCUGAGCUACAGAAAGAAAGAGUGCGACAGAAUCCUUCUCACCAUGGCCUGCUGCAAUGUUCUCCUGCUGAGCCUGGUAGCAUUUGAUAUGACAUUUGUUACCUAUAGGCUAUACAUCCUGUUUGACAAAGAAUUCUUUUUGGCCAUUACUAUUAUACUCUUCUUCUCCAUUAACUUCUCAUUUUGGCUGACUGCCUGCCUGUCCGUCUACUAUUGCUUGAGACUGGUCAACUUCUCAUGCCAAAUCUUGAUUCAUUUACAAAGAAGAAUCUCGUUUGUGGUUACCCUGUUCCUACUGGUUUCAGUUCUGAUUUCAUGGGUAAUUAAUCUUCCAGUUAUUUGGAUCGUUCAAAUAACCAAAACAAAUGCUACAAGUACUUAUCAGGAUUAUAUAUUUAAUUAUAAUCAACUCUACAUGUUUUUUAAGAUUGUUUUUGGAAGUGCUUUGCCUUUCGUUGUAACGUCUCUCUGCAUCGGGAUCUGUCUGAUAUCUCUUCUGAGGCAUGUUCAGAGGAUGAGACAGCACAUUUCUGAAUUCUGGAGCCCACAGUUGAAAAGUCAUGUGAAAGCAUUCAGAACAAUGUUGUUUCUUUUAAUUCUGAACCUGAUUUUCUUUACAGUAUUUGGUAGUCUCAAUCUAGCUGACCUUGAUCUGGGAGAUGCAUUGCAAACUGUGCUCUGGUCGGGUACCAUGUUCAUUCCGUCAGGACAAGCCUUAAUUCUGAUCCUUGGAAAAUCUAAAUUAGCAAGCGCUUGGUCAAAAACGAUGUCAAUGUUUGGAUCAUGUGCAAGAAAUGUGUAA